CAACUUUCUCACGUUUUCGCCGCUGCUUCUCGUAAUACAACAUUGUCUACCUUUCAUUUCCUGGCGAUUUCGGGAAGAUCCCUCAUUUCGUAGCGUAUACUUUCCAAUUUUCCAUCUGUUUUAUGGUUCCGUUAGGGAUUCGCGAAGUUUGUGUUACUGGGAUUCGUUCGUUCCAUUUCAGCGGGAAGUUUUGCGCGAAAUCCGGACCACUUUCGAGGCUAAGAGCUGGCAAUCCGAUCGGGAGUUUAUCUGGAUUCAGAGCGUCUGCGUUCGGAAAACCAAUGGCGGUGGAGGUGGCCAAGGGGAGCAACGCCAGGGCGACUAUAAUCCUGACGUCUGGGGCAAGCGGCCGAAUCAGCGCCCUCUUCUCUCUGCAGGUGUUGCGGAGUUUGUGGGUGCUGGUCCAUGCUUUUGUGCUGCUCUUUCUUUUCCCGUUUCGGGGCCGUCGGCGGAUGGCGUCGGCGGUAGGGGCUGUGGCCGCAUCGGGGCCCCAGGAGAAGGGCGGCGGGAAGGAUGAGAAGGGAGGAGAGCGGAAGGGCGCUAUGGUGAGAGUGCCGACGGCGAUGGUGGCUCGUAAGUGUGCCGUGGAACAGGAUGUAGCGGCAAGGAGAGCUCUGGCGAUGAGGCGGGUGGUGCAGGAUAACGAUGAUCGGACGGUUAGGGAGUUCAGCCUCUUCGUUACGCCCAGAGGUGACACUCUGUUCACCCAAUCAUGGACGCCAGUUUCCAUGAAUGUCAGGGGAUUGGUCAUCAUUUUACAUGGUCUGAAUGAACACAGUGGAAGGUAUAAUGAUUUUGCGAAGAAAUUGAAUGCAAAUGGAUUCAAGGUCUAUGGAUUGGAUUGGAUCGGGCAUGGUGGAAGUGAUGGUUUACAUGCAUAUGUUCAUUCUCUUGAUGAUGCAGUUAGUGAUACGAAACUGUUCCUCACAAAGGUUUUAGCAGAUAACAAUAAUAAGAAUUGUUAUGGAGGGCUAAAAUGCUUCUUCUUUGGACAUUCAACGGGUGGAGCCAUUGUCCUGAAGGCUGCACUUGACCCCAAGGUGAGUGCCCUCAUUUCUGGCAUUGUGCUGACUUCACCUGCUGUAGGAGUUCAGCCAUCGCACCCCGUUGUCGCGGCCCUGGCUCCGGUUUUCUCCUUGCUGCUGCCAAGAUACCAGAUGAGCGCAGCUAACAAAAGGGGUAUCUCAGUUUCUAGGGACCCUGAGGCCUUGGUGGCCAAGUACUCUGAUCCGUUAGUGUUCACUGGGUCCAUCAGAGUAAGAACAGGGUACGAGAUUCUUCGGAUAACCACAUUCUUGCAAAAGAACCUUAGCAGGUUGACAGUUCCGUUUCUGGUUCUUCAUGGUACCUCGGAUUUGGUCACUGACCCUGAAGCUUCUAAGAGACUGUACAAGGAUGCUUCGUCAACCGACAAAACCAUCAAGCUGUUAGAAGGUUUGCUGCAUGAUCUGCUGUUUGAACCCGAAAAGGAAGAAGUAGCUAAUGAUAUUAUUCAAUGGCUGGACCGUAGAUUGUGAGGUUUGAUCAGAUCAGGUCGGGAAACUCCUCCAAGAAUGACCAUUGACAAGAACUGGUCUGCUGAAGAACUUAGUCAAAUAUACGGAGUAUAUAUAUUUAUGUGGUGGAGGUUUUAAGGCUGUAUAUGUUAAUGAAGACGGUACAAGAAUAAUGGUUAGCCUGUGCUUCUGUUCAUGAUAUAUUCAAAAUGCUUUUUGUCAUUUCAUAUGGGGUUAUUUAUUACUCCAUGUCUUAUUAAAAUUAUUCAUUCUUAAGGUUA